UAGCUACUGGUAUUUCAGAAAUGAACGUGUUCCCGGAUGAUCCAGAAUUUGCUGACAUUAUAUUGAAAGCCGAGCAGGCAAUAGAAUGUGGAGUUUUCCCAGAAAGAAUUUCUCAAGGUUCAAGUGGAAGUUACUUUGUGAAGGACCCUAAGAGGAAAAUUAUCGGCGUGUUUAAGCCCAAAUCAGAAGAGCCUUAUGGUCAGCUGAAUCCAAAGUGGACCAAAUACGUGCACAAGGUCUGUUGCCCCUGCUGCUUCGGCCGUGGCUGCCUGAUCCCCAAUCAGGGCUACCUUUCAGAGGCUGGCGCCUCCCUUGUGGAUGAGAAGCUUCAUCUGGGCAUUGUACCUAAAACAAAGGUGGUUUGGCUUGUCAGCGAGACGUUUAACUACAGUGCAAUUGACCGUGCAAAAUCAAGAGGCAAAAAGUACGCUUUAGAAAAAGUGCCAAAAGUCGGCAGGAAGUUUCACCGGAUAGGCCUCCCUCCCAAGAUUGGUUCCUUCCAGUUAUUUGUUGAAGGUUACAAAGAAGCCGAAUAUUGGCUUAGGAAAUUUGAAGCUGAGCCUUUGCCUGAGAAUAUUAGAAAACAACUUCAAUCACAGUUUGAAAGAUUAGUUGUUUUGGAUUACAUCAUCAGAAAUACAGACAGGGGCAGUGAUAAUUGGCUAAUCAGAUACGAAAAGCAGAAGUGCGAGAAGGAGGCCGACCGUAAGGAAUCAAAAUGGAUUGAUGAUAAAGAGUUGCUUAUUAAAAUAGCCGCAAUUGAUAACGGUCUAGCAUUUCCUUUUAAACAUCCUGAUGAAUGGAGAGCAUAUCCGUUUCAUUGGGCUUGGCUUCCACAAGCAAAAGUUCCUUUUUCUGAAGAAAUAAAAAACUUGAUUCUCCCAUCUAUUUCUGACAUGAACUUCGUGCAAGAUUUAUGUGAAGAUCUUUAUGAACUCUUUAAGACGGACAAGGGGUUUGACAGAGCCACUUUCGAGAGUCAGAUGUCUGUGAUGCGGGGUCAGAUCUUAAACCUGACGCAGGCUCUGAGGGACGGGAAGAGCCCCGUGCAGCUGGUGCAGAUGCCCUGUGUGAUCGUGGAGCGCAGUCAGGGCGGAGGCCAGGGCCGGAUCGUGCACCUGGCCAACUCCUUCACCCAGACGGUGCACUGCAGGAAGCCGUUCUUCUCCUCCUGGUAGCAGGUGGAGGGGCGGGCGCCGCCCUACUGUGUGCGGGGACAUCGCAGGACGGAGGCCUGCCAUCAGAGCCCGGUCGCCACACCUCACAUAGUUCAUGUCCUGCGAAGGUGAUAUUUUGAAUGUAGUCCGAAGUUUACAGGGUUUUUUGGUCCAAAUAUUAAAAUUUCUAUUUCAGGGAAGAACGAAUAUAUCUCCUAAAUGGUAUUUUUGUAAAAAAAAGUGUGUUUUAUGUGGUCGUUGGUUUGAAAGGUAAUUUCAUGGUUUACACGUGCUGGAAUGACUGUAAUUACUCUGGAAUUCCAGGUGGAAAAAUAAGGUGUUUGUUGACUUCGUCUGCAGUAACUUUCUAUGUCCUCUUUAAACAUUGAGAAGAAUGUUUAUGUAAACUCUUCUUACCUUACAAACGGCCUUCGAGAGUGCCUAAGUCUGAAAUGUUCUUCUGGACUUUACUGGAGUAGUUAAUAGAAAAACAGGUAAAAUAAAGCAAUGUUGCCUUAAUUUUAAAAGCUGCUGUUUUAGAACUUGAAUAAGUACCUCUAUUAGGGACCACAAAAUUCUAUCUUGGUUAAGUAACAAUUGACCCAUUUCUUUUCUGUGCCAUAGAAUAUUUUUGGUGAAUUAUUUUGUUGUAGUGGGGAAAAAAAAUCUAAAGACACUCACCCUUUAAGAAAAACUGGGGGGAACUCAACCGAGACUUGAGGGGAAUAAUAUGAAAUUAAGAUAAAGUCCCCCAGUAUUUCAAAAUUCCACGAGUAUUAAAAAUUCCCUUUUGGUUCUUCCGUGGGAUCAAGUAGUUGAUCAGUUAGUAAGUACUUCAGGGUACUGGUCUUGUUUAAUUUAGUAUGUCAGUUAGUAUUAAAGUUAACAGCAGAAUCAUUUAUCUUUGAUUUUGAAGUUUAUUUUUUUACUGUGUUUUGAAUAUCACUGCGGCUGACGUUGGAAUUUGCAGCUCCGACUCACCAGGGGACGUCAGGGUGCGAGGCCGGUGUGCAGGCGUCAUUGCAGGGCAGGGAAGGUUGGCGCUGUGCUGCUCCGCGGGCCUCCUCAACACAGGCCAGCUGGGGCGGCUUGUGCCCUCGGCCUUUGGUUCUUUACGCUUACUGUCUCGUGGGUUUUCGUUUUCAUUUUUUGUUUUUUAAGCAUUUCUGUUGAAAGUAUUUCCUGAAGGUUGAUUAGGGUGUCAGACCUACAGGUCUCUCCCUGCACCUUUCUGGGGCCUUCACGGAGGGAGGAGUGAGAAGGUGGCUGCCCCGGGGAGCGGUGGGAGCCCGUGAUCCUGCCUCCCUGGGCCCUGAAUCAGCUCAGUUUUGAUAUAAUGGAAAAUGGACUGGAAAUUUCAAAUCGAACUUUGUCUUUAGGUAGAUACUCGUCAUUAACAUGUGCCUUUUGGGAAUGUGUUAUCAGAAAAGGAACUAAGUGGUUGCUGGGUGGGUACUGGUUUUCUAAAACAGUUUUUUCAGCACUUCGAGGAUUGCCAUAUUAAUUUUUAUAAUGGAAAACAAUAGAUUUGCUGCUGUUUUGUAUCUUAGAAUUAAAAUAGUAUGAACCCGUUCUCAAAGAAUCAGACCAUGCCGGAAAAGUAGAAAUACUCAAGAUAGAAUUACAGGUCAGAGUACGUUGGUUGGAUUUUGUAAACGUUCAUAAACUUCAUUCCUAUUUAAGUAUUGUGCUUUUUUUCCCCCCAUGAGUAUAUUUAUAGUAUCAAACAUGGUAAUAAAAUCUUUGACUUAAGGUUCAA